CACUCGGUGCGCCCUUCGCGGAUCGGGCGACCCAGUGAGCGGCGGUAGCUUCCCUUUCAGUCCCGCCGACCCGGCGCCGAGCCGAAUCGGCUCUGGCCGCGGCGAGAGCGCAGAUCCCGAAGACCCACCUCACUGACAGUAUGAGCCGCACCGCCUACACUGUGGGAGCUUUGCUUCUCCUCUUGGGGACCCUGCUGCCCGCUGCUGAAGGGAAAAAGAAAGGGUCUCAAGGUGCCAUCCCCCCGCCAGACAAGGCCCAGCACAACGACUCGGAGCAGACUCAGCCACCACAGCAGCCCGGCUCCAGGACCCGCGGGAGAGGCCAAGGGCGAGGCACAGCCAUGCCCGGCGAGGAGGUGCUGGAGUCCAGCCAGGAGGCCCUGCAUGUGACUGAACGCAAGUACCUGAAGCGAGACUGGUGCAAGACCCAGCCACUGAAGCAGACCAUCCACGAGGACGGCUGCCACAGCCGCACCAUUAUCAACCGCUUCUGCUACGGCCAGUGCAACUCCUUUUACAUCCCCAGGCACAUCCGGAAGGAGGAGGGCUCCUUUCAGUCCUGCUCUUUCUGCAAGCCCAAGAAAUUCACCACCAUGAUGGUCACACUCAACUGUCCCGAACUGCAGCCUCCCACCAAGAAGAAGCGGGUCACGCGUGUGAAGCAGUGUCGUUGCAUAUCCAUCGAUUUGGAUUAAAUAAACACACCCACCCUGUCCUGGGGACACAGCCCAGAGCAGCCUAGAGCCAGAUCCAAACACCCUGAUUCCCACUCUGCUUAAACCUAGAGGCCAGAAGAACCAGCAGCUGCCUCCUGGCAGGAGUCUGCUUGUGCAUAGUGUGUGUGUAUGUAUGUGUGCGUGUGCGCAUGCAUGAGUGCAUGUGGACGAUCUUAGACACCAGAGGAAACCGUCUCUGAGAGAGGGCACUCUGUUACACUUUGCUUCAUACCAGAAGGGCAGAAAUGCCCACAGCACCCCCAUUCACACGCACAGGGGGGAGGCUGUGGUUGGGAUCUGCUAUUGUCUUUCCUGUGCCCUCCAGGGGACCAGGAUCUUCCUUCAGAACGAAUGUCAAUGGCACAGGCCACUCUGAGGGCAAGAAGAGACCUGUGUGCCUGCUGCAUUCAACUCGGAAACUUUAACCUGUUCUUGCUUCCUCCCUUACUUUUCCCUGCCAUAGUCUAUCCCUAGGCUCUCAGUGACCAUUUUGUCUCAUCCCAGUUCUGCCAGGGUUCCUAAAUUAAUUCACUUGACCAUGGAUAUGAAUGUUUUCGAUCUUGACCCUCUAGACCGGGGGAGGCAGGGCACUGAUGUGAUAAAGGACAAGCAAGACAGAAAUGUGACAAAGGCAGAGUUGAGAGGACCAGUCAGGGUCAGGAAAAUUCAGCAGGGAGGUAUACAGAGACUUGAGAGGCCCACUGCAAAACAUCGUGGGACCUAUGCUUCAACAAAAGGGUUUUCUUGAUAGUUAAGAAAAUCCAAGUGAAUGUGUGAGAAAUAAAAUUGCCAAAAGUCAUUAACUUCGGCUGUCACAGAUCUCCUGAAACUAACCGUAACCCAACACUAAUCAUAGAACUUAAAUAUCGACCACUGCUAUUUUUAGAACCAAGUAAUGAGUUAAACCAAAAGAGCUUCUCCUGUACACAAAGAUAAGAAAGAAACAAGAACCUCAUAAGCUGAGGUCCUGAUAGCUUCUCUUUUUCUUGGUUAUAAUCACCUUUCCCCAGUUCAUUAUUUCUGCAUAAUAUUUCUUAGAGCCACAUCCAUGUAUCAUAAAAACUUUUGCCUCUGCUGAGUGUACCUGACAAGGAUACUCUGAGAUGAGAGGGUUCACCUGGCUCAGUUUAGUGAUUUUUUUCGUUUUGCUAUUGUUAGUUUGAUCCAGAGAGAAGAGAGAGUAAAGAAGUAAUGGGGAUUUCAUCUCACUAAGUAGUGGCUGUCUCUUAAUAUCUGGAAUAAGAUACGGAGAUGUGAGUUCCCUUUCUCCCUUUCUCCCUUUGCUCCCUGAAGGUCUAUAGGGGAAUCCCAUUGAGUGCUGGGUAUGUUAGCUGUCCAUGUUCAACCAGGGUGUAGAAGGACAUCGCAUCUAUUCUGUGCCUACUGGAGAUGCUAUCCUCUGAUUAAACUCCGGCUCCUUGCUAUUCCCAUUUAGAAUUUAUCUAAUGGCCAAAGUGCAAGGUGGGUGAACCUUAUUGCAGUCUGGAUUUGGCUAAGCUGUUCUCUUCAAGCCCAAGGUUCUAUAUGUAAAUGGCUCAAGUACUUUUUAAAUUUUUCCCUUUAUCUUCUCAGCUUGCUUUAUCUUUACUAGCAAAGUCAUGUGUCUCUUGGAAAACAAACAUCCCAGAUUUAGGCUUCAGUUGCCCAUCGAGGCUCCAGCUUUCAAAGAACCAUUGCAAUUACUACUUUUCUUUUUGGUUUUGUUUUGGUCUAGUCCUCUCCCAUCUGACAACUAGACAGGAACCCUGCUUUAAGACAGAGGUUAUCUUGAACACCCCAAAUGGAUCUCUUUUUAAAACUUUUAAAUUCACUACUGAUGAUUCUACACUAGGUGAAUUUGUGCAAACACUCUGUGCAUUUUGUAUACACUGUACGACCCUGCCCUGAAUCUUACUGUCACCCACAUCCUUCAGCAAUAAAGCACAGAAUGGAUUUAAUUAAGCACACAAAUAUAAAGGCAGAAUUUUGAAGGUGGGCGGGGGGAGGAAAGGCAAGGAGAAGAAGCUAAAAGUGUAAAAUCAUACCAGAGAGGAAAAAUGACAUUGAGAACCAGCAAACACUGAGUUUGUCUUCUUGUAAUUCUGCCGCAAGCAUGCAAUUUUGUUAAAAAGAGUUGACUUUAGCUGGCAGAAGCAAUCUUCUUUUAGAAGCUUGUACCAUGGACUUGCAUUAAGUCAGAUUUGGCUGAAGUGUAGAGAAUUUCUUCAAAAUUAACUUCACUUGAAUAAUCAGCAGCAUAAAAACCCUGAAAGCACAGCACCAGCCAAAGAGGGAGAUGUCUGCUUUUCUUACUGUGCCUAUAUUAAGACUAGCACAAGUGUGGCGUGUCUUCCACCAUUUAUUGAAAAUGCCAUAUCUGUUACUUACUUUAUUGGAGUCACUGAUGAUGUAGUAGCAUAUAUAUUUUUUCAUUAUUACAGUAGAAUUUUUUAAUGGAAAGAUAGAUGUGAUCUUGGUCUUACCUAUUAAAAUAAUGCCAAACACUAAAUACAAAUUCUAUGAUGUACACUUUGUGCUUGGCAUUAAAAGAGAAAAACACAUCCUGUAAACUGUAAGUUGUUUUUUGUUACUGUAGUGCUUCAAAGUUAAAAGUUGUAAUGAAAAAUCUGGAGGAAAGGAUAAUUUCCACUGUGUGGAAUGUGAAUAGUUAAACAAAAGUUAUGGUUAUUUAAUGUAAUUAUUAAUUCGAAUCCUUUGGUCACUGUGAUUUCAACCAUUUUUGUUGCCUUUAUGUGACUUCUUCUGAAGUGGACAAAGAAGCUGGCACAUUGUAUGUUGUUGGAGACUUCGGUCAGGUCAGAGGGAAUCACAAUCUUGACACAUAAAAAGUUGUGUUAGAGUCAAGAACUGACCUUUUGUUUCUUUUAAUUGAAUGUUCCUUAAAGGUUAACAUUUUAAAGCAAUAUUAAGAAAGACUUUUAAGUGUUAUUUUGGGAGACGUACGAUGUGUGUACAAAGAGCAGAUAAAGGUGGACAGUUCACCAAUAGAGUCCUUUUAAGGAGGAAAAGUAAAAUGAAAAAUGCAUGGACAGAACUCUUCUAAAUGACCCUUUGACGCUUAACAGUGAAAGUAGUUCUAUUGAUUGUCAUUCCUCAAGAUAUUUAAUAUCAUCUGCAUGGCGAAUCAUGUUUGCUUCACUCAUUUAAAAAGAACAAAAGAUUAUAUACACUAUGAUCUAAAUGCCUUGUGUAUGAGGGUGAAAGGGGAUUUAAUAGUUUCAUAAAAGUUAAUUUGGCAUCAAGUUUUAUGAAUCUGUAACUACAAUUUAAUUUUCACCCCAAUAAUGUUUAUAUAACCUUUGCCAAAGAGCAACCAAUAAAUUAAGUCUCUUCUUUGUGUGUGUGUGUGUGUGUGUGUGUGUGUGUGUGUGUUUGCUUUAUCUUGUGGGAAGGGAGGUGGAAAUGAGGUCCCGUUUGAUUUUCACAGGAUAUCUCAGGCUGUGGCAGUUAGAGGCAAGAGAACGCUGGCCUGCACUGGAAAGUACCAGCCUCCUCCCCAGAGCAUAGCUAGAACAAAGAGCAGAGGGAACUGUGAGGGAGUAUUUCAGAUAGUGGAAGGGUUGUCACGUGGAAAUGGUUAUAGCUUUAUUUCAGGGUGUUUUAGAGAAAAAAACAGGAGAAAAAUUUGGGGUCCAGUAGAAGGAAGAGCUUUCUAGUAAGCAGAGUGAUCGAGCAAUAUCAUGAGCUGCUUUUGAGAUGGUAAACUUCUUGUUGUUGGAAACAUUUUAAACAUGCUAGAUAUCACUGCAGAAGAAUAUAAGGUAAAGUGAAUUAUUGUCCUACAUAUACAAUUGUAGUGGAUUUUUGAGCUCUCUUCUCUCUUGCCCAUACAAUUUUAUAAGGUAUUGGUACUCUAACAAUAAAAACAAUCCCAGCAAUUGUGUAUGAAGUGCUCAUGUAGCACACCAUGCUAAAAGUUUAAUUUGAAUUUUUCUCACAUAAUUCUCAGGACAACUCAAUGAAGUAGCUACCAUUAUUAUCACUGCUAGAAAGCAAUGAAUUCAUAUGGCCUUAUGCAGCAACUGGGCCCUUAAGUACUAUGUAAAAUUAUAAGAUUUUCAACAUUAUGCACAAUGGAAUUCUAUAAAGAAGGGUCAAUUUGAGUCAUUUGCAGCAAAAUGCAUGCACCUUGAGUCCAUAAUGUUAAGUGAAAUAAAUCAGGCAAGCUUAAAUAUCACAUGGUUUCUCUUAUACGAUAAACCCAAAGUGUAAAUAAUUUAAAGAGAAAAGUAAAGAACAGAUAAUAGGAAACAGGAAGAUACACUUUUUGCAAAUGAAAUGGGGCUCUAGAGAUGAAUGGAAGGGGUAGGGAAGGGAGAGGAAGGGUAAGUAAAAAGAAUUAACAUGUGUUAUGUACAUGUGCCAACUCCCCAUGAUGAAAAUAAUCAUUCUGUACAGCAAACGUGUACUAAAAAUGAUAGAAAAUAGACAUGUAAGAACAGAUUUGUCUAUUGACUAUUCACAUUCAAUAAUUAAGGCCAUUCUGAGGCUGCAGUUGGCACUGUCAGGAGCCCAAGCUCCAGAAACAUUCAGGCAAAGGCUCUUUGCCACUUCUUUUGGUUAUGGCCUCCUUGAAUUUCGAGGGGAAAAGUGGAAGAAAAUAUCAAAGGGACAAUGGUGACAGAAAAACCACACCCAGUAAAUAACUUCUGAUUAAGGAUUGAAAGGCAAGUAGAACUUGACACCACAUCGAAGGUAUUCCAGCCUCAAAUACCAAAACAAACAAACAAAAACAAACAGGCAUCUAGGAAGAUAUCAGCAAAAAUGCUGAGUGAGGGCCUGUCUUUGAAAAUUCUCUCUGUGAAGCUACUGAGAACCUGGUAGAAAUAGAUUCAGCUUCCCUUUUGAAUUCUGGAAAUUAACUGAAGACUUGCAACAAUCUAGAGAGGAAUUAGUCAAGGAAAAGACUGAAGACUUGUCCUUCUCUCCCCUCUCCUGCUUCGCAGUAGUUAAACCAAUGUACUAAAAACAUAGUGAAAGCCAGCAGUCUGGAAGUUACUGGUGCAGCAUGGGAUUGGAGUUCUUUCAAAGUCACAUUCUCAAAGAAUUGUCAUUAUUUAACCUGUUUGACAGGCCUAGAGAAUACAUUUGAAGGAUAUCUUUAUUCGACCCAAUUAGAAGUUCCUCGGUGUGAAAAAGACCUUCUUGAAACGGUUAGAGGUAACUGUCUUUGUAGGGGCCUGAGUUAGUGGAUAACAUCUGAGGACAGCAAUAGGCUAAGCAGAAAGCACAAUGGGAAACAUCUGGGAAUGAGACUUCCAUAGGGGCUUUGCAAAGCUCCAACACGUUACAAGGAAUCUAGAAAGCCAAAUGCAUUCAUAGGUCUGUCUGCAUGCCUACAACUGUUCAGUGGUUCAGAAAGACCCGAAAAGGUCUUAAGAUCUCACUUCAGGCUGACCUUGAGACCCUGCAUAAGCAGAAAGUGAAGGCUAAGACAGAGCUAUCAAGCUCCUGGCUGAGUGUUGAAGGUCUUCCUCAACAUCCACGUAGAGCACCUUGGCAAAGACUAGUUGAUUCAGGUGUUUAAGAAGAUCACUAUUAGCUAACAACUGCACUAAACAAGCAGAGACCUCAGUGGUGAAACACAAUAAAAAAUAUAAAUUUUGCAGAAUUAGAUCAAAAAAGUCACCAAACAGAAAUCUUAAGAAGCAGCAAAAAUAAAACUUUCAGGAGAGUAAGAAAGACUGAUUUCAAGGAAGUGUCAUUUUAUCUUACUUAAAAUGUCCAGUUUUCCUUAAAACAUGAGACAUGAAGAAACAAGAAAGUAUAGCCCAUUUAUAGGAACAAAAGGCAAAUGAGGAAACUGUCUUAAAAGAAAUACAGACAUCAGACUUACAAGACAAGGACUGUAACUAAGUUGUUUAAAUAUGUUCAAGAACUAUGUACAAUAAACCACUUUUUAUUUACUUA